CCACCAGCUUCCGCACGCCGACGGCCGAGCCACGCCCACGGGACACACACGAAGCGGAACACGAAGCACCACCACCGCGAAUUGCCCAAAUGCGGAAUGCCAAACCAACCCAACAAAUCUCGCCAGCCGGCAGCCAGGCUGCAGGUUCGGAGCGGAUUGUGAUUAAUCCCUCCCUUCCAACCCGAUCCCGGCUGCGGCUGCGCGCGGUGCAGGAGCGCCGGCCCCCACAAAAUUCCAUGCCUUUAUCACCUCCACCCCACGGCCGGCCUCCCUCUCGCUCGCUAUAAAUCUCUCGCCUUUGCUAGCUCUCCGCCUACCCCUCCUCCUCCCACUCCAAUCUGUCCACCUACCCGGCUAGCCUAGGGUUUUGGCCGGGGGUUACCUACGAGUCGGCCAUGGAGAGGGAGGGUCACCCCGCGUCCGCCGCCGCCCCGACCCCGAUCCGCCGCUGGGCGGAGGACGUGAUCGUGCUGUCGUCGGGGAGGCCGUCCGCGGAGGCGGCGGACCUGCCGCCGCCGGAGAAGCUCUACUACAAGACCAAGCUCUGCGACAAGUACGAGACCAGCGGCCGCUGCACGUACGAGGACGGCUGCACCUUCGCGCACGGCCGCGCCGAGCUCCGCCCGCCGGUCCCGCCCCUCUCCUCCGCCCCGCCCCACGGCUUCGGCGGCGGGGUCUGGCGCAGGCCGCCCGGCCCCGACCAGGACCACCGCGGCGGCGGCUACGGCGGCGGCAAGGUGUGCCACAAUUUCAGGGACAAGGGCUCCUGCCAUUUCGGGGACAAGUGCGCCUUCCCCCACGCGUCCCCCGCUCCCGGCGCGCAGAUUCGCGGCCCCGGCGGGGAGCAGAAGCUGGCGGCGGACGCGCGGAGGAGCGCGACGCCCGGCACGGCGCCGCCGCGCUACGUCGGCGCCCCACCGGCCCCCGGGAGGGCGUUCCCGCCGGUGCCUGGCAAGGCGACCGUCCUGGAGCAGCUGGCCCUCCGCAAGACCAGCGGCAUCUACGGCGACUGGCCGGAGCAGUACUCCUCCUGAUCGAUCACACCGGCCGAUCUCUCCAACUCCAACAAACAAACACCAUGCGCGCCCGCAAGCGUAUAGCCAUAUAUACAACAAUCUGCCGUUGCGAAUCGCAGUCAACAUAACAAGAGGGGACGCAUUUCCUAAGUUGAUGAUAAUUUCGAUUUUGUUGUUGUUCAAUCCGUGCAUGCGAAAAUCCAUGUAAUCCGUAUCAGCAAACCUGCGUCGCUGUCCCCGUAUUAUGAGAACUGAAUAUUCUGUCUCAA